CACCCACACAUGAGCUGGGUGAUAAUUUGGUGCGGGGUGCUGGUGGAAGGGGUGGGACAGGAGGAGGAGAGAAGGUAAUCUCUGCCUUAACUCUUGCUGUAUCUCUUUGGCACUCAGUGGAUUCCCUGCCUGGACUCCAGUGGGACAGGACAGGACAGGAUAGGACGGGAGGGGUUUGCCUGGGGGAGACCUGCGCUGGGUUCAGGUUCCUGUGAAAUCCUCAGUAAACCCAGACUUAAGCAUCAUUGUACUUGAUAAUGUGCCCUGGACUGAAGCAAAUUGGAAUGUGCCAAGGACUGUGACAGAUCAAACACGUUUCAUUAAAGCCAUGACAAGARUCAUAUCCAAGGAAGGAGAACCCAAUGGGGUCACCACAUGUCCUGAGGAGAUAAAAGUGGAGGAAAUGGAAGAAAGAGGCCAGUGGCGGAACAAAAUGGAGUUUGUGCUGUCUGUGGCUGGGGAGAUCAUUGGCCUGGGUAACGUGUGGAGGUUCCCAUACCUCUGCUACAAGAACGGUGGUGGAGCCUUCCUCAUUCCUUACCUCAUCUUCCUCUUCACCUGUGGGAUCCCCCUGUUCUUCCUGGAGACAGCGCUGGGGCAGUACACCAGCCAGGGAGGGGUCACUGCCUGGAGGAAGAUCUGUCCCAUCUUUGAAGGAAUUGGAUAUGCCUCCCAAGUCAUUGAAUGGUAUCUGAAUAUCUACUACAUCAUCAUCCUGUCCUGGGCACUCUUCUACCUGUUCAGCUCCUUCUCUUCAGUGCUACCAUGGGCCAGCUGCAACAACCCCUGGAACUCAGAUCUCUGUGUGGACAUUCUGAAUAGAUCCAGCCUGGACAACAGGACCUUGCCUGCGAACGCCACCUCCUCAAUGAUUGAGUUUUGGGAGAAGCGAGUCCUGGGGCUCACGGAUGGUAUUCACAAACUGGGCACUGUGCGCUGGGAGCUGGCUCUGUGUCUCCUGCUGGCGUGGAUCAUCUGCUACUUCUGCAUCUGGAAAGGGGUCAAGUCCACAGGCAAAGUCGUUUACUUCACUGCCACCUUCCCGUAUGUGAUGCUCCUCAUCCUGCUGGUUCGAGGGGUGAUGCUGCCAGGGGCUGCUGAGGGGAUCAUCUUCUACCUGAAGCCAGACAUCUCCAGGCUGGCAGACCCGCAGGUCUGGAUGGAUGCAGGCACUCAAAUCCUUUUCUCUUACGCCAUUUGCCAGGGGUGCCUGACAGCUCUGGGCAGCUACAACAAAUACACCAACAACUGUUACAGGGACUGCAUUAUGCUCUGCUUCCUGAACAGUGCCACCAGCUUUGUUGCUGGCUUUGCCAUUUUCUCUGUGCUGGGCUUCAUGGCUCGAGAGCAGGGUGUACCUAUUUCAGAAGUGGCUGAAUCAGGUCCUGGCCUGGCUUUCAUAGCAUAUCCAACAGCUGUAACAAUGAUGCCUGCGUCUCAGCUCUGGUCCUGCCUCUUCUUCCUCAUGCUGAUCUUCUUGGGACUGGACAGCCAGUUCGUCUGUGUGGAAAGCAUGGUGACAGCUAUUAUUGACAUGUUCCCAGGAGUGUUUCGGAAGAAGGGGCGUCGGGAGCUGCUGAUCCUGGGCAUUGCAGUCAUAUGCUAUCUGCUGGGCUUAUUGCUGGUUACUGAGGGUGGCAUGUACAUCUUCCAGCUCUUUGACUACUAUGCUGCCAGUGGCACAUGCCUGCUCUUCCUGUCUAUUUUUGAAGUCAUCUGUAUAGGAUGGGUGUAUGGUGCCAACCGCUUCUACGACAACGUUGAGGACAUGAUUGGCUUCCGGCCAUGGCCCUUGAUCAAGAUAUGCUGGCUGGUGUUCACCCCGGGUCUCUGCUUGGGUGUCUUCCUGUUUUCCCUGAUCAAGUACACACCCUUGAAAUACAACAAUUCCUAUGAGUACCCACCCUGGGGCUACGUGCUAGGCUGGCUGAUGGCACUGUCCUCCAUGGUCUGUAUUCCUCUCUAUGCCAUCUUCAUCCUCCUGAAAACCAAAGGACCCCUGAAACAGCGGCUGAUGCAGCUGAUUUCCCCGGCGGAGGAUCUGCCGCAGCCGAAGAAGCAUCGUGUGGCGGAGCGGUUGAAACUGAGGAGCGAGGGAUGGUCUCCUCCAGUCCAGGAGGUGCUCAGCAUCACAGAGAGAGAAACCCACUUCUAAGCCACCUGGGCUUCCUCCAUUACCCAGACUGAUUGGCUCUCUCCUUCCCAAAGUGGUUUCUUUUCUCCUCCCUUCUCUCCUUCAUAUCUGAGACAGAAGCAUCUGGGGCACCUUGUCCUUCCAGCCAGCUGGCAGCAUCCACUGGGGACAGAGUUUUUUUUGACACCCUGGGGACAACUCUUCCUGCCAGCAGCAGUGGAGACUACAGCAYGCCUUUGUCAGAAGCGCCCUUCAGUACUGACACCGGUUGGAAAGAGAAAAACAACAUUGUAGCAAAAAAAGAAAAAAAAGGGGGGAGGAAGCAAAAAAACCAAGAAAAGUGCAUAUGUGUUGGGAGGAGGACAAGAAACCACAGUGGUGAGAGUGGUGAGAGAGAGCAGAGAUUAAAAGUGUGAAGGAACCCAGUUAGGGAUGCAAAAGCAUGAAAUGAUCAGGCGUUAGCACAGGAUAUAAGUUGGUUCUGAAGCACAUAAGAAGCCGGAGGAUGAUAAAGUGCAUUGCUAGGUCACCUAUGUACAAAGGAGAGAGARCCAGGAACACAUCACAGCCAAUGACAAAAGGAGGCUGCAGUAUGAGUAGUUACAGCUUCAGCUGUCACUGGAUGGGAAGAGAGCGACAGGGUGCUUGAUGCAAUCGUGGCUGUUGAUGAUGGAUCUCAAGGCAGUCUCAGUCUGGAAAAGGAGGUGAGGAAUAACUAUCUAGGGGACUUGCUCUUGGUCAGAACUACACGGCCCAGUGAAAACGCAUCCGAGAGUGAAACCGAUGAAUAUUUGACAAUUCUUUCAGAAAAUUCACGGACUGCAAGGAAAGUCCCAGAGCAGUUGGUAAGAAAAAAAAAAAGAUCUGCAGUACAGCUGGGAAAAUGAGACCCUGAGGACUGCACGCCCACAAAUUUAACUGCACUGCUGGGGCAUUUUGUAGAGGAAUUAAUGAAGGAGUUGMUGGGCCUGAUCCUGUGCUGCAAAGUAGCUUCGGGAAAAGGGUGGGAGAAUGAUUGCUCUCCCUUGGCUUUGCUGUGGAUGAUUGCUCAGGGGAUAAGGAAGACAUAAUCGGGCGCAAUAAUCAUCAGCUCAGGCAAGAUAAAGCAAAAUUAAUAGGUAAGAUGGGUUCAGUGAAAGCAAAUUGUGUCGAAUUAAAGGUUGGUUGUUGCCAGGGUACUCAAAAAUGUGAGGUGAUGGGUGGGAAGGAUUGUGUUCAGAUGCAGGCUUUGGUGCAGUGCCAGACAACUCUGUCCUGGGGAGGCUGGGGCUGUAUAGCUCCCUGCCAGAUCCUGCUUCAAUGCCUAUCAAAAUUUCACAGCUAAAACCACCAGAAGAGCCAGUGGCAGGAUGCCCCUGGGAGCUCUGAUGUGGCCGAGCAUACAAGUGCUGGUGCAUGUCUAUGCUGCAAUGUUGGCGCAUCCAACCACGCCAGAGAAUGGCCAUCAAAAUGAAUCACAGAUGCCACAAGCUUCUUUCCCUCGUUCCUUGUUCCACAUAAUUGCUUUUCCCUGUGCUGUGUGGAGAUAAACGACCGACACCAAAAGUAAGCGGGGAAAUCGGGCCUCAUCUGUGCKGCUCGGUACCUAUUCCAAUUGCUAUGGGAACCUUAUCUGCUGCCGUUUCCUCUGAGUUUAACUGGAGAAUUAGCAUAGGGCAAUCUUUUCCCCAUUUAAUUUCCUUUCCUUUAAAAACUAAAAACUACAAACCGCUGGUGAAAUGAACGCUGAAAGUCAAGUAUCAGGAUUUGUACCUCUCUAGGACARUCAUUGGAUUGGAGAUGUUUUACUGCGGAAGGUGGAGAAAGCUGACAAACCUCGUUCACGUUCCCUGCAAAGGACUGCAGCAUCACAUAAGACACCGUUUAUUGUAUUUUUAUUUUUUAAAGAGCUGAAUGUCAUAUUGCAAAUAGCUGUGGGAAGAGCUUAGCACCCAGAGGCUUGCAGUCAAGCCUCAUGCUAAGUAAUUUGAUGAUUUUUCCUCUUCCUCCCACCAGUGGUGCUCAUGGUUUGGUGGGGGAAACAGCUCCCUCCUAAUCUUGAUCUUUGUACARUCCUUGGUAGGACAUUUAACCCCUUUGCUCCUUCUGCCGUGCCUUUAAGAUAUAAGGUAUUGUCGUGCUGUCAGAGAAGUAAUGCAGAUGUGCACUUCUUUUUCUGAGGCAUUUGAGCAACACUGCAAAAAUCCUAGAUAGAAACAAAUCCCUUUUCAGUUUGGAACAAAAAUGUGUGUCURUGUUAUUGAAAAUAAAUACUGCAUGAACUUGUUCCCCUGUUGCAUAUGUAUAAUCUGACAGUAGCAUCAUACCUCUGUGAGGAAGCAACUUAUUUUAAUAAAAUCAGAGAAGGUAUUGCUGUCCCCAUUCAAAGCAAUCAUAAAAUUCCCAGGAUCAAGAAAUUAAUCCAAUUUCUUUGGAUGGAAUUGACAGAUUUUCGGGAAUUUUAAGUCAAAGCAGCGUCAUUUAAUUCUCUUUCCUUUAAAAACAAAAUACAUCUACAUGCACCCAGCU